AUGCCUCGAGCUGAUAAAUCAAUCUUUUGGCCAUCUUCGGAACUAAUUAAAGUACUUGAGUUUAUUAAUGAUAAUUUUGAUGAGUAUUGUAAAAAUCGUCGAAAAAUUUGUAAUGAGGCCGUAAAAGCUACAAACAUUUGUCGAAAUGGAAAAUCGGUUUAUAAUAAACUUUUUAAUUUAAUUAGAAAUAUGAUGAUUUCUGAAUUUAAAAGUAGUGAGCCAACUAGCAGAUCCAUCAAAGAGAAUAAGGAAAUUCGUAGAUUAGUAUCAGAACUUUAUAAUAAAACUAACGCUAAAGAAAAAAAUAAAAAAGAAAAUCAAAAAAUAACAGAAGAUCGUAAGAGUGAUGAUACUAAGAUGAAUUUAGACGAUGAUAAAGUAACAAUCGGAGCGUUUACUGGUCAAAUGGAUAUGUUCUUUUCGAUUGAGAAUGUUAAUGAAUUUUGUGAAGAAAAAAUACAAAAUGUUAACCAUUAUGCGACAAUAUCGAAAGAGAUAGUUGAAUCUGGCCUUGAAAUUAAACUCGAGGAAAUUCUUCAACUUCUGUCUGAAUGUGAAAAAACGAUGAAGGAUCGAGAUAGUAAGGUUAAUAAAUUACUUGAAGAUUUAGAAAGUGUUGGGAUGGACUGGGACCCUGAUAAUACACCAUAAAUUUAACAAAAUAAGUUUAUAGUAUGUCUCUAAUCGAUGAUUGAAUUAAAAUUACGUUUAAAUUAAUAAUUAAUUAAAAAAUUUCCAAGUUAGACUAUUUGAACAACGUAAAAUAAAGAUUUCAUUCUUUACCAUCUCUAAUUUACGUUGUAGCAAAUAUCAUAUGUAAAAGUUUGCGUUUUUAGACGCCAAUAAUAAAGUGAAGGUAUUAACCCAUGC